CUCCUCCUCCUCCUCCUCCUCCUCGUCGUCCUCCUCCUCCUCCUCCUCUUCGUCCUCCUUCCCCCCUCCAACUUCUGGUGGUGAUGGUGGAAAGCAGGCCCAUCGCUGCCCUGUGGAGCGGGGUCGGCGGAUGCCGCCGUCGCAGCCAGAAGAUGUUGCGUCUCAUCGGCCAGCAUCUCGCAUGUCGACAGCCAGGUCAUCGAGCCAGGGAGAAGAGGUCACUCAUUAGGGUCAUCCAUUUGGCGGCAAUGGGGGCGAUCCGUUCUCCUUCGCCAGCCCGGCCAGCCUUCGUCCACCGAGCGUGCUGACCGGGUAUGUGCUGAAGCAGACGUACGGUUCGCAGGUCAAGGACUUGGCGAUUACGUUGGGUAUCAAUGAGGCGGAUGCCUUGAUCUUGCUCCGAUGCUUUCGGUGGAAUUCUGACGAUGUCGCUGCUGCAUGGUUGGAUGAUGCAGAGGGUGUGCGGCAGCAGUGGAAUUUGUCGCAAUAUAUCACGCCGUUCGAUUUCGACAAUGGCAGCCUUUGUGGAAUAUGCUAUUGCGACCCUCCGAUCGCAGUCUUGCCCUGCCGAGAUCAUGGGUUUUGUCGGACGUGUUGGUCGACUUACCUACGCACGGCCAUCGGUGAUGGCAAAGCUUGUCUGGACCUUCGAUGUCCCGCCCCGGCAUGUUCAGAGCGUGUGCGACCUGGGUUUGUGCAACAACUGUGCGCGCCGCCUGUUCGUGACAGGUACGACCGAUUCUGGCUUGAGAGCUUCGUGGACAGCAAUGCUCUGCUGAAAUGGUGCCCUGGGAAAGGCUGCGCGAGUGUCGUGUCCAGUGUGGCGGCUACGAGCCUUAGCGUUCGAUGUGAAUGUGGUCUGGAGUGGUGCUUUUCUUGCGCUGAUGAAGACCACUUGCCAAUACCAUGCGACAUCGUCAAAGCAUGGAGAGAUGCCAGCCCAGGAGACGGAGGCCCUGACGCUGAGUUUGACCUCUGGGCGAAGCGUGAGCAGAUGUCGGGAAAGGUUAAGCCAUGCCCAACAUGUUCGCGCUUGAUCCAGAAGAACGGGGGUUGCGUGCAUAUGACAUGCCGCGCUCCAGCGGGUUGUGGUCACGAGUUCAAUUGGGAUUGCUUAUGUCCUUGGGGCACCCACGGAGGGAGACCUUGCACAAGGGCGCCCGCAGAAGAAGAUGCCAGGAAGACGCAGAUUUCUGCGGAACGGCUUUGGCACUACCAGGACCAAUUUGUUCGCCAGAGGGAAGCACAGGCGUGGGCCAUGCGGUGUGUCGACAAGUCAAAGGCGCUGUUGGACUCCUGCAUUCAGUCCUCCGCAACCGCGCGCAAUCUAGGCUUUCUUCCAUGCGUUGCAGGGGAAGUUGUCAAAGGCCGGCGAAUUCUCAAGUGGACGCACGCCUUCGCGUAUUUGAUGGACGCUCGAAGCCCAGAGUGCGACCUGUUCAACUUGCAUCAGGUGCGGCUUCUAGAGAUUCUCGAUAUGUUGAGCGAUCUGACGGAGAAUACAGAUUGGGAGAUGUUUUUCCAGGCGGAAAGCUCCUCGUCGCAGGAAGAUCUGCUUCAGAAGCGGAGUGAGGCGUUAUCGCUCUGCUAUGUCCUGCAGGAAGCAUUCGGCGCGCUGGAUACAUGGAUGAGCGGCCUGGGCGCAAAGGUUACGUAAGCUCAAUUGGCGAAUUUUGACGAAGCAGGGCGUCGGCAUCCGAGGUAUUGUCGGCGGCGAGCGAGGGGGGGGGGGGAACUAAGGAGGAGAAGGCCUUUUCAGAAGGCGGCGGGACUUCUCAGAAGCCCUCGCGCCUUCUGAGGAAUUUGUUUGUUGUCGUCGG